CCUAGUCCCUCCCUCCUAUUCCCUUCUGUCUGUGUUGUUGGCCGGCCGGGCCUAGCCCCUUAACUUGUUGUUGUCGUCAUCAUCUCGCCGCUUCUCUUGUCUUCCCCACCCCGGCCCCUCCUGCUCGGCUAUCGGUCCGGACCAUGAGCCGCUGAGGCCUCGGCCGCCGCUGGGGAACCAUGCCCGGAGCUUGGCCGCUAGCCUGCCGGCUGUUGGCGGCCUGCGUGUGGCUGCAGGCGGCGGCGAGAGGCGCCGGGCCCGGGGCGGGGCCGCUGGUGCUCAGCGAGUUCGGCCAGCAGCUGCGGAGGGCGGGCGGAGGCUGGGGCGCGGAGGCCGAGGCUUCGGGGGGCCGCUGCGAGUCCGGCUUCGGCCUGAUGCAGGACUAUAUCAUCCGGACCCGGGACUCGCUGGGCGCCGGGGCCGCUUUCCUCAGCGCCCCGGCCGGCGUCGCCAGCCCGGGCCAGUGCCUGCGGGCCUGCUGCAUCCUCCCCGGCUGCACCGUGGCCGUGGUGGAGGGGGCCCGGGGAGGCCGAGGCUUGGACUGGGCGCGGGGCCUGGGGCCCAGGACCAACAGCCCGGCCGCCCUCAGCUGCUACCUCUUCAACUGCACGUACCGAGGCCGCGAUGUUUGCCACUUCUCCCCGCACCAGGGCUACAGCAGCUUCUCCCGGACUGACAACGCCAGCCAGCGGCCGGAGCCCCGUCGCCAUGGCAACCGAAAUGAUGAAGCCCCCCACUGUGAUGCAGGCCAGGACGUGGUCUUGCUGCUGCCCACUGACUGGAUACUGCUGGACGGACGAGGAAGUGCCGAUGAUCAGGGAAUUGUUCGCUAUGAAUGGACCUUACUACAAGGCGAUCCUUCGGUUGAUAUGAAGUCUCCUCAGCCUGGCAUGUUGAAAUUGAGUGGUUUACGAGAGGGCAUGUAUGUGAUUCAGUUGUCGGUCACUGAUACGAUUGGACAAAAAAGCGAUGACAAUGUCACCGUCACUGUGAUGCCACCAAAGCAACAAACGACAGACUGUACAGGAGUUUGUUCACGGUACCAGUUCAUCUGUGAUGACGGCUGCUGCAUCGAUAUCACUAUGGCUUGUGAUGGGACAGCCCAGUGCCCUGACAGCUCUGAUGAAACUUUCUGCCAAAGCUUUAAUGUAGGUCGUAAGUCAGUGACUCAUACGACGCUUGCUGCUAGCUCAGGACAAGAUGGUGUCAUAUGGCCAUCUGACAGCUUUCAGAAGGCUUCAACAGAGAAUCGAAAACCUGUGGAGCAGCUCGAUACUGGGAUGACACAGUCCUCAAGAGUGGAAGGCGGGGACAAGUCCAACACUGGUCAGCUUCCAGAUUACUGCUUGGCUGCUCCUGCCACAGGUCCCUGCGAGGGCCAUUUCCCACGCUGGUAUUUCGAUAGCGCCUCGCAAACCUGCAGACACUUCAUUUACAGUGGAUGCCAGGGAAAUCGGAAUAACUUCCUACAGGAACUGGACUGUAAGAAUGAAUGUGCAGAAGUGCAAGGUGACAACUCUCUAGAGACGAGCUCAGUUGAAACAAGUCGGGACGAUGUCAUGAUGUCUAAGGUCAGCCACGGGAGAGGAGGUCACCCAAUCCCGGAGUCAGGUGCCGUGCUACCCCUCGCCCUGGGACUUGCCAUCACCGCCCUGCUCCUGCUGAUGAUCGGCUGCCGGCUGCAGUUGGUGAGGCACAAACUAAAGAAGCUCCGACCCAUAACAUCCGAAGAGUCGGACUACCUAAUCAAUGGCAUGUACCUAUGAGCCAGGAGUGAUACAAGAAAAGGUCCCUCUUAAUAACAAUCAUCGUAGCAGUGUGGUUCUCGAUGUAAAACAAAUCAAUGUGAAUGUGUGUUUGUUCAAAUCAAUAUGUGGAACGCAGUAGAGCCCUUUGAGUUUUUUCCUUCCUAGUCACACAGGCAAAUCUGGCAGGUGUUGGGCCUUUCUUCAGAACCAAUUUUCAGACCAAGCCCGUGCUCUUGCCAUAGUGAUGUACUUCUAAGUAGCUCUGUCAGUAAGACUUGGUGGCUGAUCAAGUGUUUUUCACUCUCUACCUUAAUGUGAAACUUUUACACCAGUUGACUUCUGCUCCUGCCUCACUUGCUUAUUGAGAAGAGCUUUGUCCUGUUUGAUAAGGAGUUCAACCAUCCCACUGAUCAAUAAGUUCCCCCUGCUGUGCAAUCCUUCAGGGGGUGUGCAUUGGGUGAAUCCCCUCCACUCUCAGCCUGCUCCUGAGAAAGCUGCAGUUUCUCUCUGUCUGAGGACAGAUUCCUGCUCUCCCUUUUGGUAAUGCUGGGAGCACUACAUUAUUUUAAUGCAAAUUUGUGCCAGUGUUUGUUCCACCUGCUGUCUUAGCUUCUGGGUCAUUCCUGCUGGAGACAUUUAGCAGCAGUCAGAAAGCCAGCAACAUGACUGCAGAAUAUCAGAAGCAAAGUAGCGAUAAAAUGCAAUUCUGCAAAUUACACAAAAUCGGAGAAACUCCUAGCCCAGAAGGAGACCAUUUGGCCCAUCAGUUUGCUAGUUUAGUACAGACAGUAUAUUGUGCACAAACUGUUGAACUUUGUAAAAUUGGAGGAGUUUCCUCUUUAAUGAUUCCACUGAAUACCAACAAUUCUUGGCUCCUGGUUCAUCCCUAAUAAAUGGCUUUUACCCAGUGUGA